GAGCGACCUUGGCGUCCGGCCCCAAUUUUAGGCCCCCUGUGAGACCUGUGAGACUUACACCGGUGCGAGGGCGCCCUCGGUCUACAGACGAGAUGGAGGUUCUCUUGGAGCAUCCUGUUUCCUGGACCCCGUUAUUUAGGGGUGUUCACGCAUUGUACAUGCCCAAAAGCGGUAAAGCCGUGGAGGGACAUACCCUGUGCAUCGCAACAGUGAUCUCGAUCAACCGUUUAGAGACCUAACAUGGCAUCAUCGGCUACUUACGACCUUGUCGUGAUCGGAGCAGGCAGCAGUGGGGUCGUCUCAGCAAGAUUCUAUCUCGAUGUCCACCCAGAUGCCAAAGUGGUUCUCAUCGAGCGGGACACUGCAGUUGGCGGAGUAUGGAGCAGUGAACGAGUCUACCCGGGCUUCAAGUCGCAAGGAAGCACAAGACUGGGAGGUUUCUCCGACAUGCCACUAAACCCACGACCUGAACAAAUCGACCAGUAUGACUUCUACGAUGCGAAAGCAAUGGCGACGUAUCUCGACGAAUAUGUCAACAAGCACGUCUACUCCGGCCAAACGCUGCGUGAUCGUAUCAGAUUCGGGACCAAGGUCAUCAGUCUCGACAAAAUAGCCCACGGCUGGCGCAUAAACUGCGUCGGUCCGUUCGGUUCACAGAGCUUCGAGAGUCGCAAAGUCAUCGCAGCGUCAGGCUCAACUUCGGAGGCCAACAUGCCAGACUUCAGGGGUCGAGAAACGUUUAAGGGACCUAUCGUCCAUACCCUUGACUUUGGGCGAUCCAAAGUUCUCGAGCGAGAAGAUGUCAAGAGAGUCGCCGUGGUGGGAGGCGGCAAAUCCGCUGCGGGCCAUGCCUACCAGUCUGUCAAAGCAGGCAAGGAGGCCCACUGGAUCAUUCGCAAAUCGGGCAAAGGGCCUGGCGGCUUCUCAGAGACCAGGGCCGGAGGACCGUGGCACAAUAUUACCGAACUUGUAUGCACAAGAUUCUUUCCAAAUUUGCUCUUUUUUCCUGGCUUGAAACCAGCCUCCUGGUGGGAGACCUUCAUCUUCAAGACACGCCUUGGACAGUGGGUAUACCACAAACUCGAGAACGCAGUCACUCAACAGACUCUCAGCACCGCUCGAUAUGACGACCGACCAGGCGCGCGAGACUCAUUCUCCCAGCUCAAGACCAAGUCGCGUGGCUUUUCCUUCAACGUGCCCCUGGGAGCCGUAUCCCACGAGGAUUUCUGGGACACAAUCGCGCAGAAUGUGAAAGUCCAUCACGAAGAUAUUGACCGACUCGAGGGUUCAUCUGUCAUUCUUCGCAACGGCGAGACAGUAAAGGCUGAUGCUAUCAUAUGUGGCACCGGCUUCAGAAAAGGCUGCUCAUUCGUCUCCCACGAACAACGUGUCGAACUAGGUCUUCCCCAUCCCGAAGCGUGGGACGAUCCGGAAUCGGUCAAAGAAUGGGCGACGCUGAACGCUAAUGCUGAGAAGGUUGUCCGAAAACGCUACUAUUCUCUGAGUGACUCGCCGGAGCCACCCGAGAUUUUUGGAGACAUCGCCCCCCACGAUACACCAUAUCGGCUAUACCAGAUGAUAGCCCCGAUCAAUGGUGACCGCAGCAUAGCCUUUGUAGGAUACGGGGCUUAUUCAAACAUGUUCGUUGGGUCCGAAGUGGCAGCUAUAUGGACGACAGCUUACCUUGACGGAGUGUUGAAAGUCCCCCGUGAGAGUGAGAUGAAAAAGGAUGUCGCAUACGUGACCACAUACAUGCGUUUGCGCUUUCCGGCCUAUGGUCGAUUGGGUAAUUUCUUCGCAUUCGACCUGAUGUCCCAGCUGGAUCGGUUGUUUGACGAGCUGGGACUGAAGAGCCACAGAAAGUCUAAGAGCUGGCUGCAAGACCUGUUCCUUCCACUGCUCGUGAAGGAUAUGGCGGGGCUGAAAGACGAGUAUCUCGAGAAGUAUGGUGGCCAGCUGGUGGACAGUGCUUGAUCUUGACAAGCUGUACAACAGGGAGCCUGUUUCCAGAAAAAGCGGCACAGUCUGACCGCUGUAGCUGGUCAGGUUCAAGUUGAUACCAUCAUUAUUGUCAUACCAGUGUCCUUCACACACAACGAUAUAGCGGGCCUUUUGGCAGAGAGGAGGCCAUCAGCUCCACCGUACAGUGCUUCUGUCUUGCUGUCGAGGCAUCCGCUAUGGUGAACCAGCUUGACCCCGAACUGAUGUCUUUGAUAUGCGCCCUGUCAGACGGUGCCACUUUUUCUGGAAAUAGGCUUCCUGUUGUACAGCUCAAUGACACGCCUUACCUUCUUUGUUGCGCAAUGGCGUGA